UUCUGGUAUUAGAGAAACAUUCAGUAGAAAAAUAGCGGGCAAUGAAACAGCUGUUUUUUUGCGUGAUGAGACAUCUAGCGGAACGCGUGCAACAUAAUCUCAUAUGCAAUAGCAACAGCAACAGCAACGAAUGAAUAAGAUGCAUGAUACGGAACCGAUCGCAUCUAUCGUACUUAGAAGAGUUAACUAAGAAACCAUGGCAGCUGGUUGUUGUGGAACGAAAAAGCAAAAGUUGAAUGAUUCUACAAGUAUACCACGUAAUAAUACCGUAAGUUUACAAAAUGGUAUUCGUAUACGGAACUCUAUAAUAGUUCAGCCUGAGAUGGGCUUUUAUUGUUUCGAUGUCCUUUACUGCCAACUGCACCAACUUGACCCACCAAAACCACCCAACUUCAGUAACGAAGCUUUCCCUUUAUUUGUAACAUGGACCACGGGUAAAGAUAUGAGAUUAAGGGGUUGUAUUGGUACAUUCAAUGCAAUGCAGUUGCAUGCUGGAUUAAGGGAAUAUGCUACUACUAGUGCUUUCAAAGAUUCACGGUUUAAUCCUAUCACAUUAGAAGAACUUCCACGAUUACAUGUAAGUGUUUCUAUACUCCGACAUUUUGAAGAUGGAGCAGAUUAUCUAGACUGGAUAAUAGGAGUUCACGGAAUUCGUAUAGAAUUCCAUAAUGAAAAAGGCAAUAAACGAACUGCUACAUAUUUGCCAGAUGUAGCAAUAGAGCAAGGAUGGAGCCAAAUUGAAACAAUAGACUCUUUGCUACAUAAAGGAGGCUAUAAAGGAUUAGUUACUCCCGAUAUUAGACGUAGUCUGAAAUUAACUCGAUACCAGAGUGAGAAAGUGACUGUGAGUUAUCAAGAUUAUUUGACACAUUGGCAAGGUCGAAGAUGCUAGCAACUGCCCUGGGGUUCUCUCAAAGGACCCCCCAUUUAUCAUAUAUCUGGCAACAUUUGUUAUCUAAAUACAGAUACAUUUAAUUGUUGUCUACAAUAUAUUAAUUAUCAAUGCAAUAAUAUAAUGGCCAGUCAACAAGCAUUCAUUAUAAUAGAAGUUAAUUAUUUUUCAUAUACACAAUUGUGUUCAAUAUCUAUUAAUUUUAUUGUCUUAUCCUUACAAAAUCAUCUUUCAUUUCUAUAUAUAUAUGUACAACUUUUUUAUUUAUCAUUAUAUCAUAAUCAUUAUCACAAAUGUCUUCCUGUAAAAGCUAUGGAAUACAUAAAUAUGGUACUAAAAGCAGUUCAACUUAAUCUUUUGAUAUUUCCAGUGGUGUGGUUUACUUCAUAAGAAAAUAUGUUUGUUAACAAAGAUAAUAGAAUCCUGAGUAUGAUGGCCUUAUCCUUUCUAAAUCAUUAUUUACAAAAUACUAAAUGUAGUAAAAAUAAUAUUAAUGUUCAAGCUAAAUACAGUUGGAAAUCUUUUUCAAACUGUUCUAUAUUUGAUAUAAAUGUAUUUUCAUUUAGCUCAUAUAAAA